CGCCCAAGAAGCUCUAGAAGUUCUAGGGUUUAUUGGCAAAUGGAUUAUAGCCUCGCGGCGCCAAAGCUCUUGGUCAGCGAUCUCGCAAGGGCAAGCACGGGCGCUAGCGCGGCAAGAUCUCCCAUCACCACCAUUGGAGCUCUUCGAUUUCAGCGUGUCUGGAUCCAGGGCGUGAUUGUAGAUUGGAGAGGAAAUUCCUUGGCUCUCGACGAUGGCAGCGCGAUUGUGGAGCUACAUUUCCCGGACGCCGAGGAUAAGCGCUCGUCAAAACCUGGUGAGCUUGUUCUACGUGUUCUUGGAGUUUUGGAUUUCUUUUUACCAGGCAUGUACAUGCUCAUAGCCGGAGCUUACAAUCCAGCAGAGAAGAAGAUCACGGUUCACAAGCUCGUGGAUCUCUCCUCCUCGCCCAACGCCGAGUCCUUCUGGAGCUUCGAAGUGAUCGAAGCAUACCAUAUGUUUUACAAAAGCCAAAUGGACGAACCAACCUGAAGAACACCAAGAAAAGAAGAAGGUGCGUUAUCUUUUACAGAAGCCUGCUGGCGGAUUGAAGUUAUCAAUCUUUCGAUCUAUAUACUUCCGGUGAUCGCUGCGAAACAGAAAGAAGACGAUCAAUAGAAAUCAAAUCAGUGAAGCAAACAAAGCUCUUACCUUUA